AUGGUUCCGGCCGACGGGCAAUCGGGAAUCGGGAAUAAACCCUCGUGGAUUCUCCUCCAAGAAAGAAAAACGAAAAGAAAACUCCCGAACAAAAAAGCACACGCGAUUUCGCAAAAGGGGGAAACAGGGGAUCUCCGCCUCGGCCGCGCCGACCCGGGGGAAGAGAGGAGCGUGCGAGUGCGACGGCACGCAGGCGCAUCUCGUCUCCCGCCGCCUCUGCUUGUCUUCGCCAUCGCCACCACCCCAAGGCUCGGAAAAAAAAUCAUAUGCGUGGCAAUAAACGGCAAGCUAUUGGCAAUCGGAACAAAUAGGCGGGCAGCCACUUAUUCCCAUCCGAGCCACAGAAGUGGGUACUACACAGCAGUGACGGACAAUGGCUUGUCAACAAGGCGUAAGAUUCCAGCCAUCUUCUCAAGAAUGUUCUCACAUUACAAAGUCAUUAUCAGAAAGAACAGAGCUGAGGAUCACAAGUAUAGAACCAGGAUGUCAAGAGGCUACCACUCACUCUCUGUGCCAGUGGCAAAUUCAUCUGCAACCCAGCAAGCGCAAUUGGCAUGGAAGCAGCUCGGUCAUAAGUAUGCAUAUAGAGGUCCACGGUUCCCACUACUGAGCCGAGCAGCUUGUGCUGUAAGCCUGUCCUUUACGAGGUUCCAUAUCAUCCCUGGGGUCAUGGCUCUAGCUUUUGGCAAGAUGGCACUUGCACCUCCUGUCCUGUCAGACUCACGACCCUUCAUGCCAAGAAUGGAUGGCAUCAUCACAAAGGCACAAGAUACUCGCCAGUUUCUGUCAUCUCUUGUUUGGUCAAUCUGGGAGGGCAUGACUUUGCUUGUUAGAGCUGUGCAUUUGGCAUUCCUAUUCUUCCCUGCAACUGCAUUAGCUCCAUUUGCUGACAAGUUUAGUGUUGCAUUCAGAAGAAGGUGGCUUAGUCUUAUGCGCCGGACCCUUGAAAAGGCUGGGCCUGCAUUCAUUAAGUGGGGCCAGUGGGCUGCAACACGCCCUGAUCUUUUUCCAAGUGAUCUCUGUGUUGAGCUUGCAAAGCUUCACUGUGCGGCUCCAGCACAUGGCUUUGCUUACAGCAAGGCUGCCAUUGAGAAGGCAUUCGGUCGUGAGCUUUCUGAAAUAUUUGAGUCCUUUGAGGAGAACCCUGUAGCUUCUGGAAGCAUUGCACAAAUACAUCGGGCCACACUAAAACAUCAACAUCCUGGAAAGCAUGUUGCAGUUAAGGUGAGGCAUCCUAAUGUCGGAGAAUCAAUCAAGAGAGACUUUCUACUCAUCAAUCUUGUGGCAAAGGCUUCUAAUAUUAUCCCUGGAUUAAGCUGGCUGAGGCUGGAUGAGAGUGUUCGCCAGUUCGCAGUAUUCAUGAUGUCUCAAGUUGACCUUUCUAGGGAAGCUGCUCAUUUGAGUCGUUUUAUCUACAACUUCCGCAGAUGGAGACAUGUGUCUUUCCCAAAGCCCUUAUAUCCAUUUGUGCAUCCAUCUGUCCUAGUUGAGACUUUUGAGAAUGGAGAAAGUGUUUCUCAUUUUAUGGAUGGAAUCGAAGGGAAUGCUCGAAUGAAGAAAGACCUUGCACACAUUGGGACAUAUGCUUUCCUGAAGAUGCUUCUGGAGGACAAUUUUAUUCAUGCGGAUAUGCACCCUGGGAACAUUCUUGUCCGUUUAAAUGAGAGCAAGCUUGCAAGGAGACGAUUUUUCAGAGCUAAGCCCCAUAUUGUGUUUCUUGACGUGGGCAUGACUGCUGAGCUCACACGAUCUGACCGGGAUAACUUACAACAGUUCUUCAAGGCAGUGGCUACUAGAGAUGGUCGUACUGCUGCUAAGUGUACACUUCAGUUAUCAAAGAAUCAGAGCUGUCCAAAUCCAGUCGCCUUCACCGAGGAGCUGGACAAGACGUUUACAUUUUGGGGAACGCCUGAGGGGGAUGUUUUUCAUCCUGUUGAAUGCAUGCAUGAAUUGCUUGAUACAAUUCGCCGCCACAAAGUCAACAUUGAUGGCAACAUCUGUACUGUAAUGGUUACCAUUUUGGUCGUUGAGGGGUGGCAACGCAAGCUGGACCCAGGCUUUGAUAUCAUGCACACGCUGAAGACUUUACUACUAGAGAAGGAUGUGAAGCAACCAAUUGAUUUUUUCUCAUAA